GGAGGCGUGCGCCGCCGGAACGGUCCUCCAGCGGCCGCGGUCGCCGGCUGCUGACGUGAGCGGAGCGGGCCGAGUGUAGGGGCCGGUGGCUGUUGCUGGUCGCUAUGGCGGUGGACAUCACGCUGCUGUUCCGGGCCAGCGUCAAGACCGUGAAGACGCGGAACAAGGCGCUGGGAGUGGCAGUCGGCGGCGGGGUCGAGGGCAGCCGCGACGAGCUCUUCCGCCGGACCCCCCGGCCCAAGGGUGACUUCUCCAACCGGGCCCGCGAAGUGAUUUCUCAUAUUGGCAAACUGAGAGAUUUUCUUCUGGAACAUAGGAAAGAUUAUAUUAAUGCUUACAGCCACGUUCUGUCUGACUGUGGCAGGAUGACAGACACAGAGCGAGACCAGAUAGACCAGGACGCGCAGAUCUUCAUGAGGACCUGCUCGGAAGCAAUUCAGCAGCUCAGGACAGACGCGCACAGGGAGGUCCACUCGCAGCAGGUGAAGGAGCACAGGACGGCCGUUCUGGAUUUCAUCGAGGACUACUUGAAAAGAGUGUGUAAACUUUACUCAGAACAGAGAGCCAUCCGAGUUAAACGAGUGGUGGACAAGAAGAGAUUAUCUAAGCUGGAACCAGAACCAAAUGUGAAAACAAGAGAAGCCAUCUCUUCCGAGAAAGCGUCACCGAAUCCUUCAAAGGACUCUGGAGAGAAGCCUGCCUCUGAAGAGUUCCCAGAAAAGAUUGUGUCUGAAGCGCCGACUGACUUGAGUACCUGGGGAGAUGGCAGAGGAGAAGACGAGUUGUCCCCAGAAGAAAUACAAAUGUUUGAACAAGAAAACCAGCGGCUCAUUGGGGAGAUGAACAGCUUGUUUGACGAAGUGAGGCAAAUCGAAGGGAAAGUGGUUGAAAUUUCCAGACUCCAAGAGAUAUUCACGGAAAAGGUGUUGCAACAGGUAGGGAAGCAACAAGAAGCCCAGAACUCAGGGAUUCCUUGUGGACCCCCGCAGGCGUGGGCGGAGGCCGUGCUGCCAGCCAGUGAGCGUUUCCCCCGCUCCUCAGUCGGCUUCCCAGCACAGGUCGGGGUGGCAGGGGGCUCUCCGUGUGGGCAAGCUGGGUGGCCCCCAGACCCCAGUUUCCCAUCUGUAAAUGGAGGGACCCUGCAGGUUGCUGUCAGAGUCAGAGGUGACCUGGUCGGGCGGAAGCGGAGCCCGCUGUCGGUUUCCCCUCUGACGAAGCCGCCUGCUACGGCGAGCGUAGAACUGAGCGCGGCUACACCGAGCCGGGGAGCCUGUGUGACGGAAACGCCACGCCCCUCUCCCCACCAGGCCAUCAAGAACAACGCCGGCUUCCGCGUGUGGAUCCUCUUCUUCCUCGUGAUGUGCUCCUUCUCCCUGCUCUUCCUCGACUGGUACGACAGCUAGCCGGCUCGGGCGGCCUGGCGGCGUGCGCCUCUGCACGUCUCUGGCACUGGGGCGUGACUGUCACCAGGGUGUCAGAGCCGCUCCAGGGAGAGGGGCCUGAGCUACACCUGCAGAUUCCCGCGCGGAGCGACACCCAGACCUGUGUCCUUGGCCGAGCGGCUGGGAAAGAACAUGACGAGCACACAUGCAAGUGGCCUGUGCAGCAGUCACUGGGUGGGGGUGGGGAGGGCUCGGGGAGGGGCGUUAACCACCUGACGGCGAGGCUGCCGGCCGGGCGCGGCUCUGACCCUGCCCGGCCCCGGAGCUCCAGGGAAGAACGCGUCUAGUGACGGCUCUCACGAAUGCCCGCUCCCUUGUCUCUGCACGCUUCCUGUCUGCCCAAGUCAGCGGAUGCGUGGUCUGAGAGAAUUCCCACCUGCCUUGUUCAUCCAAUAAAUCUGGUGACGGCC